AAUAAUAAUAAUAAUAAUAAUACAACAAUGAUAUAUAUCUUAGAUUUGGCUAUAAAUAAAAGAGUUGUACUAAGACAUUUCAACAUCCAAAACACAAAAACCAAAAGUCUACCAUGGUUAUGGCUAGUUCAUCAUCUUCUUCUUCUUCUACUAGUAAUAAAAAUCUGGUUUUGAUAAUCUGUUGUGCUGUACUAAUUUGUAGUAGUAUUAUUAGUGUGUCAAGUGCAAAUUUUGAAGGCCCAGCUGAGAAAACAGUUCCUUUAACCAAAGGCCUCUCAUGGCAAUUCUAUGCAAAAUCAUGUCCUUCUGCUGAGUCCAUUAUAAGAAAAGAACUCAAGAAAAUCUUCAAAAAUGAUAUUGCCCAAGCUGCUGGCUUGCUUCGUCUCCAUUUCCAUGAUUGCUUUGUUCAGGGAUGUGAUGGUUCAGUGUUGUUAGAUGGGUCAGCAAGUGGACCAAGUGAGAAAGAUGCACCACCUAAUCUCACCUUGAGAGCCACCGCAUUCAAGAUCAUUAACGAUCUUCGAGCCCUAAUUCACAAGAAGUGUGGAAGAGUUGUUUCUUGCGCUGAUAUUACCGCUCUUGCUGCUCGUGAUUCUGUUUUCUUGUCCGGUGGCCCAGACUACGCCGUACCAUUGGGAAGAAGAGACGGCUUAGCAUUCGCAACCCAAAACGAAACCAAUGCCAACCUUCCACCACCCUCAAGUGGCGCCCAAGCCAUUCUCAAACAACUCGCCGACAACCAAAACCUCGACCCCACAGACGUCGUCGCCCUCUCAGGCGGUCACACCAUCGGAAUCGCCCACUGCGGAUCCUUCGACAACCGUCUCUACCCAACCCAAGAUCCAGUCAUGGACCAAACCUUCGCCAAGAAUCUCAAAUCCAUAUGCCCAACUAAAGACUUCGACGCCUUCACCUUCCAAGAUCUCCGAACACCCAACACCUUCGACAACAAAUACUACGUCGAUCUCAUGAAUCGUCAGGGACUUUUCACCUCCGAUCAAGAUCUCUACACUUACAGCAAGACUAAGGAGAUCGUGAAGAGUUUCGCGGUGAAUCAGACUCUGUUUUUCGAGAAAUUUGUGAUCGCCAUGACUAAGAUGGGUCAACUUAAUGUGUUGACCGGUAAGGAAGGUGAGAUUAGAGGGAACUGUUCGGUUAGGAAUUCGCAGAAGAAGGCUUUCUUGGCUUCUGUGGUUGAGAAUGGUGAAAUUAUGACUGAUUUUUAGUGAGUGGUUUGGAUAAUUCUCAGUUUUUUUGUUUUUUUUUUAAGGACUAAUUGGAAUAUUAUGUGUUUGUGAAAAUGAUUAAGUGAAAUAAUAUGUUAGUUUGUGUGUUAA